AUGGGAUUAUAUUGGGUUUCAAAAUCACAAAGACAAUAUGAAAUAGCCAAACAAGUAGUUGAACUAAUGAAUAUGAUACCUGAUGAAUCUCAAAACGAUUACAACUCGUUGGUACUCAGUUUACUUAAUCUCUCUAAUCAAGAUUAUCGUGUCAGAAAACUAAUGGCGACCCGUCAAUCAACCAAAAUCCUCAUUCAAAUCACCUACACAUACAUACGAGCCUACUACAAGGCAGUACGAGGAACACAACCAUCAGAGACACAAAUCGAUACUGUCUUUAUCCGAUUACUCUAUUCUGAUUUAACUUCAUCUGCUGCCAUGUCACUUUUAAAUAAUUUACUUUAUCAUUUUGAUAAAAUUGAAGAUAUACCAUUUGAAGAUAUGAUGUAUUUAGUAAGAGAAGGAGGAUUUCCAAUGGAAGUGAUGGUAGGAAAUGUAUUGGCAAACUUUAUCUUAUCGAGGAAUAGUAUAAAUGUGAUUAGAUUGUACUUUUAUCACGGGAUACAUACUCUAUUUUUUAAAUUACUUGCGUCAGAGGUUGGUAAUCAAUUUGAUACCAUUAGAAAGGCAACUAAAAUGAUGGUAUAUGAAAUUGGUAGAAUUGAAGAUCGUCGUCGUAUAUCCUCUUCUUCUUCUUCUGAUCAGUUACAUCCAAUGUACAAAGAUGAUGAUGAUGCUAUGCGUCAAAUGUAUGAUAGUAUUUCAUUUUUGGGACCUGUCCCAAAGUUUAUUCACAAGUUUUCAGUUGACCAUCGCGAAAGAUUAUUGUCAAUUGUAUUAUCUACACUUAUCUCAUUUUCAUGUGGUGCUACUUUUGGUUGGAAAUAUCACGGUGGAUCAAUUAAACAUUCUUUGAUCGUCGGUACGGUAUGGGGAACACUCAGAUUAUCUCGAUCUCUUCUAAUGGAAUACAGCGAUCGUAUGACCAAAGAUAAUCCCAGUCUUCCACAAAUGGUCCUUCAAAUGGGUGUCGUCGCACCACUCUGCUUUUUAAAUAUGUUGACAUUACUUACAUUCCCUCGAAUAGGGUUCCAUGUCGGACUAUACCUACUCGAAAAGAACGAUCAAUGGUCACGCGGUUACCGAAAGUUUAGGUAUCUCCAAAAUCAAUUAUACAAUGAAUUUAAAUCUAAAAUAUAUAUUGAUACAUUCAACACACCAAUUCCAAAUGCACUUAAAGAAUAA